AUGGGGUUUUUCAGCAAUAAAGCAGCUGAGAAUAAGCUGAAAGAUGAGGUGGACGCAAAGAACCAGCUCGUCGACCAGCUCAAGAACGAAGUUCAGCAUCUGAAGGACAAGCUUGAAGUAGCUCGUAGCGAGCUUGAGCGAUUUAAGAUCAACUCUGGAAUGGCAAAUCUCUCACCAGAUGACCAGAUUCGAAAGUAUGACAAGCUUCUUGUCGAAAGAGACAACCAGAUCUCCGAGCUAAGAAAGGAACUCGAAGGUAUGAAGCGAGAGAUAGACGAGCAGCUCGCCACUCACGCCAAGAAGAUGGAGGCUGUUCUCAACGAGAAAGACAAACAAAUCAAGAAACUUGAUGCUGGUGGUGCCGUUCGAAACGCUGUUGCCGCCGAAUCCGACGACCGAAAAGUCAUCGCUACCAAAGAGCUCGUUGUUAUCCCCAAGAAUGUUGCUGAGAAAAAAAUUAUCACGGAUGCCCUUCUCUCCAAUACAUUCAUGCGAGGCCUUAACCAGAAUCAGCUCAACAAGUUGAUUGAUGCUAUGGAAAAGGCCGAGUAUCCUUCCAACACUGAGAUCAUCAAGGAAAACGGAGCUGGUGAUGAAAUGUACAUUAUCCAGGAGGGCGAAGUCAGCGUCACCAAGGGCAAGGGCAAGAACGCGACCCACAUCGUCAACAUCAAGAGCGGUCUCUUCGGAGAACUUGCCAUUAUGUACAAUUGCAAGCGAACCGCCACCGUCACCACAAAAACUAAUGUUCAACUUUGGAAACUCCACCGCCAAAUCUUCCAGAUGGUGGUCAAAUCUGCCGGUCAAGAGAAAGACGAAGAGAGAUUCCAGAUUCUCAAGUCCGUCAAGGAUUUCGCCGAGGUCAGUGAAGGCAAAUUGAGAAAGAUUGUCGAUUGUCUCGAAGAAGAGCACUUUGAGAAGGGUGAUACUAUCAUCAAGCAAGGAGAAGUCGGCGACAACUUCUUCAUCAUCAAGUCUGGAAACGUCAGGAUCACCAUCAACUGCCCAGUCUCCCCUGAUCAUCCUGAAGGCCAACAAGAAGUCGCCCGGAAGAGUGCUGGUGAAUUUUUCGGCGAGAAAGCCCUCAUCUCAGAGGACAAGCGAUCCGCGAAUGUCUACGCUGUCGACGGACCUGUUCUUUGCUUGACUCUCGACCGAAUCGCCUUUACGAACCUUAUCGGCACCCUUGACAACCUCAAAAAGGACGAUGAAGUCGCUGUUGAUAACAGUGGCCCAGAGCGAGUCAUUCCUGAUUACAUCAAGGACUCAACCAUCAAGGAUGUCAAAAUCAUCAAGCCUCUUGGAGCUGGUGGUUUUGGCUUGGUCAAACUUGUCACUUUCCAUAAGAACCCAAGUGAGACUUAUGCUCUCAAAUGCAUCCAGAAGCAUCGAGUCGUCCAGUAUGGUCAGCAGCGACAUAUCAUGGAUGAGAAGCAUAUUCUUGCUUCUAUGAAAUCUCCCUUUAUUCUUGGACUCUUGAAGACAUACAAAGAUUCCAAGUACGUCUACAUCCUCACCGAUGCUUACCUCGGUGGUGAUCUCUGGCGUCUUCUCCACCAGCGAGGCCCCUUCAACGACACCGUCGGUCGAUUCUACACCGCCUGUGUCAUUUCCGCCUUCGAAUACCUCCACACGCGGCACUUCUGCUACCGAGAUCUUAAACCCGAAAAUCUUAUGGUCGACCGACAAGGCUACGUCCGACUCGUCGAUCUUGGCUUCGCAAAGAAAGUCCUUCCUGGCCACAAGACCUGGACUUUCUGUGGAACGCCCGAGUACAUCUCUCCAGAAAUUAUUUCCAACACUGGUCAUAAUAUCUGCGCUGAUCUCUGGUCCCUUGGUAUUCUUAUUUACGAGUUGCUGUCCAAGCGCACGCCCUUCCGAGCUAAGGACGAUCUGGCCAUUUACGAAGGCAUUCUCCGAGGAAUCCACUCUAUCCAGUUCCCAUACAAGAUCUCACGAAAGGCCGAGUCCCUUAUCAAAGCCCUCUGCCGACAGGAUCCACAGGAACGAAUCGGUUACCAGAAGAAUGGCUACGACGACAUCAAGAAGCAUCGAUGGUUCCAGGGCUUUGACUGGGACGCUCUUGCUCACGAAAAACUCAUGCCACCAUUCACACCAGAGAUCAAAAACAACGAUGACACCAGCAACUUCGAACGAAUCAAGGACGAUGAUAGAGCCAAAGUUCCCGAUGAAAACUCCGGCUGGGAUGCCGAAUUUUAA